AUGAAAGCCGCCGACAUUGUAGGUCCUCGCCUUGCUGAGGUGCUCCCAGCAACAGACAAGCACUGGAUCCGGACGCCGCAUCUCCUGCGCCUAAACCUCCUCUUGCUCGUACCGCUCCUUUCGUCUGCCGUCGCCGGCUAUGACGGCUCUCUCAUGAACGGACUCCAAUCGCUGUCAGCAUGGAGAACCUCGUUCGACAACCCACAUGGCGCGGUGCUGGGCAGCAUCAACGCAGCGCAAUCGAUCGGCUCGAUCCUGGCGCUUCCCUUCACGAGCACCCUGACCGACACCCACGGGCGGAAGCGCGUCCUCGUCGCCGGGCUCGUCGGCGUCGUCAUCGCAACCGCGAUCCAGGCGUCGGCGCGCUCGCUCGCCCAGUUCAUCGUCGCCAGGCUGCUGGUUGGCGCCGCCAACAUGUUCGUCGUCCAGCCCGCACCGCUGCUGAUCGCCGAGCUGGCGUUUCCGACCCAUCGCGCGCGCUACACCGCCGUCGUCUGGUGCGUGUACUAUCUGGGCGCGAUCGUGGCGAGCUGGGCGACGUACGGGGCGGCGGGGCUGGGGGGGCCGUGGGCCUGGCGCCUCCCGACGCUGCUGCAGGCCGCGUUUCCGUGUCUGCAGUUGGCGUUUGUGAAGUGGGUUCCUGAGUCGCCGCGGUGGCUCGUUGCGCAAGAGCGAACGGACGAGGCCGCGCGCCUGCUGGCCCAACACCACGCCGGUGGGGACGCGGGCAGCGCGCUCGUCGUGUUCGAAGUCGACGAGAUUGUGCGCACGAUUCGACAGGAGCAAGCCGCGCGCGCGACGCGGUGGAGUACGCUGAUCACCUCGCCAGGGAACCGCAGACGCCUCUUCAUCGCGCUCUGUCUCGGCGUCUUCGGGCAGUGGAACGGCAUCGGUGUCGUAAGCUACUACCUGACGCUCGUGUUGGACUCGAUCGGUAUCACGGCCUCGAGCGACCAGACGCUCAUCAACGGCCUGUUGCAGGUCUUCAACUUCGCCGCCGCCUUGUCCGCUGCGUUUCUCGUGGAUCGCCUGGGCCGCCGCUUCCUCUUCCUCUGGUCCGGGAUCGGCAUGCUGGCUUCGUAUGUUGUGUGGACGGCGUGUUCGGCCGUGAACAACACGACGGGCGACAAGGCCGCCGGCGUCGUCGUCGUCGUCUGCCUCUUCGCCUUCUACUUCCACUACGACAUCGCGUACACGCCGCUGCUGCUCUCCUAUCCCACCGAGCUCUUCCCCUACAGCCUGCGCAGCAAGGGCAUAACAUGCGAAUUACUGUGCGCAUACUCGUCGCUGGUCCUUGCGGCCUUUGUGAACCCGAUCGGCAUGGACAAUAUCGGUUGGCACUAUUACAUUGUCUUCUGCUGCCUGCUCGUGCUAUUCCUGGCCGUCACGUACCUGACUUUCCCCGAAACAAAGGGCCACAGCCUCGAAGAGAUCGCCGAGUUGUUUGAUGGUCCAAGUGCGCUGCGAGAUAAGGAGAAGGCCGUGAUUGGCAAAGCGAACUACAAAUCCAAGGGUAGUGCUGACGUCUGCGCCGAGCAUGUCGAAGUCGUUGCAUGA